AUUGGAGCCUCGCAUCCUUGACUUUGUUUUGGCUAUCCUGAGAGCUUUUGAAGAUGCUUCACCUCAAACUCAUGAUCCCAAAACCUCUCGAUGAGUCGGUCGUCGAAAUGCUAACCGCCAAACUAAAGGAGGUCGACGAAGACAUUAAUCUUACCUCUGUCGAUCCAAAAUUCGCGGAAGCGUGCUACUAUUGUUCCGACUCGGGCGAGGCAGAGCUGGAUGUCGUUCGAGAGCACAUUCAACAGUUGCUAAAAGAUCCGAACCCACUUAUUCGCGGAUACACGAUUGGGCAUCACUGGUAGGGGGAUAACCUCCUGGAAUGCAGAAUAUUAAGGAGUGGUGCUCAUGGAACGGAUUAUCG